UAGUUCUUCUAGCAGACCAUCAGGUGCAGAUUCCACCCAGAGAGUCCCUGUAGUCAUGUUAGAGCCUAUCAGAAUAAAACAAGAAUCUGGCAUGCCAAGUGAGAACUAUGAUUUCCCAGUUGUCACAGUGAAGCAGGAAACAGAUGAAGAAUCCCGGAAUCAAAAUUCCAGAUUUCCAAGAACCUUGCUUUCCUCAGUGUUGCUGAAUAGCAGCCACUCCUCUGAAGCAUUAGUCUUGAGAACAGAAGCACCAGACAGUACAGGUGACCAACCAUCCAAUGGCAAGGCAACAUGGAUAGGGACUCCACAUGGUGGAGACAGCAGGAAAGAUGAUGAUCCUAAUGAGGAUUGGUGUGCAGUAUGUCAGAAUGGAGGAGAGCUUUUGUGUUGUGAUAAAUGUCCUAAAGUGUUCCACCUUUCAUGUCAUGUUCCCACACUCAGGAAUUUUCCAAGCGGUGAAUGGAUUUGCACAUUCUGUCGUGAUUUGUCUAACCCAGAAGUAGAAUAUGAUUGUGAUGUCUCGAGUCAUGUUUCUGAAGAAAAAAGAAAACUGGAAGGCAAUCUGGGUUUGGCACCUAUAGAUCAGAGGAAGUAUGAAAGAUUACUUCUGUACCUUUACUGCCAUGAAAUGAGCCUUGCUUUUCAAGAUCCAGUCCCUCCCACGGUGCCUGACUACUACAAAAUAAUUAAGAGGCCAAUGGAUUUGUCAACAAUCAAGAAUAGAUUGCAAGCACAUCACACAGUAUAUACAAAACCAGAAGAUGUUGUAGCUGAUUUCAGGCUGAUAUUUCAAAACUGUGCUGAAUUUAAUGAGCCUGAUUCUGAAGUAGCCGAUGCUGGAAUGAAACUAGGAGCUUACUUUGAGGAACUUCUGCAGAAUCUUUUUCCAGACAGAAAAUUCUCUGUUCAAACUUAUUGUCAUUCUGGUAGAGAUAGUCCAGCCCUAACAGAUGACUCAGAUGAUGAUUUUGUGCAACCCCGGAAAAAACGCCUCAAAUGGGAAGAGCACCAGCUUUUAAAGUAAGCUGGUUAUAUGUACUCUUAAGCAUUUUUUACUUAAAUAUUUAUCAAUUUUCAUUUUCUAAAGAUAAUUUUUGACAACAUUGAUUUCUACGGAUAUGGACCCUUACUGGAAGUAAUGCCUUUUCCUGUUGAUAUAUAUCUACCAAGGAGUGGGGCAUAUGGAAAUCUGUACUUUUAUGCUUGCUUCGAAAUGCAUUACAUUCCCAGUCCACAGGGAAAGCUGUUUUGUUUGGAAAAAAAGUAAAAACAACUAAAAUUGAGAAUGGGAAAUUGCUAUUUCAAGAAAAUGGGGUCUCAGUAGAAAUUAAUCUACCAAAGGCAUGUGGCUGGCCAGAAUUGUGAUUCUUUGUACUAUACUUAACCAUUAGCCAUUGGGGGAAGAAAAGCACAUGGUUUGAUAUUGUCCUAAGUUCCUGAGAAGUACAAUGAAACUAAUUUUCCCAGAUAAUGACUUGUGCCCUAAAAUGUAAGGAGUGGGGAGAUGAAUUAAAGUUCUUUGAAAACU